CGUCUCUCUCGCCGAGACGACGACGUAACUCGCGGGUUCGGUCGAUUUUUACCGCGUCCGGGGAUUAUUAUUAUUAUUACUAUUUGUUUGUUUGUUUGUUUUUUUUUAAUUUCAUUAUCAGCCUUCAAUUUGUCAAAUUAUACCUGUCCGUCUCUGACCGACGUGUUUCCGUGUCGAAACGAAUGAACGUGGAAAACAAAAAUUAGGGCACCGUAGCUGGUGUUUUGUACGGGCACGGUGCGCCGGUCGUGUAGUCGAUGUCAGCACGGACAUGAUAAACCAUUUGGGUUCGACUAGUCUGCCGUCAGCCGCUCUCGACGCACUUGCGCACGGAACGUGAUUUUUCUUUUUCGUUUAAUUUAUUCCCGUUACCCGGUGCAAUCGCAUUGGCUCAUCAUCGCAUCUAUCUACGGGAAUUUCGUUCGCAAUGUAACUCGCGGAAAAUACUUAUCAUCGUCCGACAGCUCGACUAAACCUGAGCCGUUGCAGUCAUGAAUUCCUGAAUAUUAGGUAACUACCUACCCAAUAAUAAUAUUAUGACAUACAACGACCGACCUAGGUACCUACGUUAUUGCCCGUCUUGCCGUUUCGUUUUUUCAACGUAAACGCCCAAAUCCUAGAAACUAGUUACUAACCUAUAUUGUAGUCUUUAGAUACAACCCAAUUUAGAUCCACCCAGUUUUUGGAUUCCAAUCGCCCCCCUUUUUUUUUUUAUUUUUUUUUUUUGGUCAAAUUACUAUGUACCUAUACGUUUUAACAUGAACUGGUUACUAUAGAUACCUAGGUUUCUAAUAUCGGUAUUGGAAUUAUUUUUAAAACCGACAGAUUGAACUUUCAUCAUAGUUACCUAGUGAUAAUCAUAAUCCAUAGCUAAUAUAAUAUCCAUGGUUGUAGGUGUAAUAAGCCUAAGACAUUCAAACUCAGAAUUUCAAAUAGAAUUAUAUUUUAACAAAUACGUUACUACCUACUUCAAUAAUUAUUUUAAUUUUUAAUAAAGUAAACAAAUGGGAUAGUUAUGAUAUGGUAAUUUUGAGUUAUGCUAAUGAUUUAUUGUACAUAUUUCAUAUUUGUAAUAGUAUGGCAAUCAUUGGAACGGGUUUCAAAUAUAAAGAGAAAAUAAAUACAAAUCAUUAUGGAGCCAGUCAUAGAAGAAGCCGGAGAUAUCACCCUCAGAAAAGUUGCUCGUUGGAUUUGUUCAACCGUUAUGGUGUUUGGAGGUGUUGUCCCUUAUAUACCACAGUAUCGAGAAAUAUAUAUCAAAGAAGACGCAGAAGGUUUUUCCAUGUAUGUUUGUUUAGCGCUUCUAGUUGCAAACACUCUAAGAAUAUUAUUUUGGUGAGCAUAAUUUAACUAUUGCCAAUCUGUACACAUUAUUAAGUAUUAAAUUAUUUUAGGUUCGGUAAACGUUAUGAACUUCCUUUGUUACUUCAAAGUAUCGUUAUGAAUAUCAUGAUGCUAUUAAUGGUUCAUCUGUGUGUGAGAGUACGUAAUAAGUCACAUUUGUUAAGAGAACCUGACAGACAUUUUACCGGUAAUUACAAUUGAACAUUUUUUAUUUUAUUAAUUUUGAUUGUACAUUUUUGUUAAAAUUAUUUUUAUUAUUUAAGAUUUUGACUGGCAUUAUUUCUGGCAGUGGACUGAUUUUCAAUCGUAUAUAGAUUUUUUAAUCGCAAUGAGCAUUUGCCUAUCCAUAUUAACAUUCAUAUUUUUACACAAUGUUAUAUUCAUUGAAGUUAUUGGAUUUCUUUCACUUUUGACUGAAGCUAUGUUGGGUGUUCCUCAACUCGUUAAAAACUUGAAAAAUCGGUCUACAGAAGGAAUGAGGUAAUUUAUCAUUAUUUAUUUAGCUAUUUUUUUUUUUAUUGUUUAUUUGUUAUUAGAUAUAACUAGAAAUAAAUUCAUAUUUUUACUAUCUUUAAAAAAUCAUAAAAUUAAUUAUCAAUUUGUUUGAUUAGGUACCUAUUGUUACAAACAAAAUUUAUCUUGCUAAAUUAUUACUUUUUGAAUUGCAAACCUUAUAGGUAUUUGAAUUUUUAAACUGUAGCGCAUAAUUAGCGAAAAAUAAUUAACAAAGAAUAAUGCAGUUUGUUGAAUAUUUUUUAAAUGAUAAUUUUUUAACUUAUCCUAAAAACCAUUUAGGUUUCAUGGUAUUUAAUUUGUAAAAAUUAAUUGUACAUUUUAUUUUAAAUAACAUAAAAAUCUCCCUUCAUAUGCUUUUAAAGUUUUAAUAAUAUAAACCUAUAUUGAGUACGUUAGGCAUGGCCUAUAUUUCGUAAUAUUUGGUAUUCCACACUUUUUUUUUUUUAGCAUAAAUUCAUGGUCACAAUAUAAAAUUUGCUCCUAUACCCUUAAAUACAGUUAUUUCACUAAUUUUUCUAUCAUUUAUAGUUAUUGACAAAUUCUUUUUAAAAUAAAAUGUCCAGGUUUAAACUUUAUCAGGGGGAAAUUUAUGGAUAAUGUUCUUAAAAACCAUAAAAGCAAACUUAAAAAAAAAAUAAUACACAAUAUCAACUAGUUUGUACUUUAAUUUUACAUUAUUCUUUCAACAAAUUUGUUUAAAAUAAAUAACAUUCCUCUCGGUUUAUUACCUUUUUCAAAGUCAGUAAACUAAGUAAUAAGUUUUUGUAAAACACCAUAAAAUUAAAUAACAAAUUUUAAAAUACUUUAUAUUUGAUCAAAUCUCUUUGAUAUACUUAUUCUAAAUUUGUAAAACAAUUAAAAAUUACUAACAUUAUACAUUUUAUAAUGCUGUACUAUACAUUUAAUAAUUUUGCACUACAUACAACAGAUUUGGUAUUACAUGUAAUGUGGUGUAUUACACACAAAAAUAGGCCCUGACAUUAGGUAUAAUAUGUAUAUUACAUUUUCUUCAAAUAUUUUAAUAAACUUCAAAAAAUCUAAAAAAAUAACUUCAAGAUUUGUUUAUUAAUAGUGUUACAAUGGUUUUACUUUGGACAACUGGUGAUGCAUUCAAGACAUGUUAUUUUGUAAGUCGCAAAGCUCCAUUACAAUUCUGGAUGUGUGGUACUCUUCAAGUUUUAAUAGAUCUUACUAUACUUGGUCAAGUAGUUUGGUAUCGCAAUGAACCAUCUGCAAUAUAUAGAAAUCCUCGAUUAGACUGAUAAUGUAAAUUGAUUAUCUCAAUAUAAUAAUUUUGAAAUUUCCUCACUCAAAUGUAUUGUUAUCAUUUUUAGAAUUUCUAAUCUCAAACUACUGAUUGAUCAUAGAUUAUUGUUUAUUAAAUGUUAUUUAUAUAGUUUUUAUUUUUCUCAUUUUUACUGUUUCUGUUAGUUAAAUAUUCAUUGUUGUUUUAUGUAAAAUAUUUAAUGUGUCAACUAUCAUAAUUGUAUUUACUUAUAGACUGUAAAAAAAAUAUAUCACAUAAAUACCUAUACUAAAAAAAUAUCAUUUGUAUGAUCUUAUUUUAUGCAAAAUUUUAUCAAAUUUUGGCACAAUUAUAAUUUAAAUAAAUACUACAUCAUUAUAAGUUACAUUUCUAAUGUAGGGUCUUGAUAAAACAGUUCUUAAACAAUAGGAUGCUUAAAUUAUAUUUUUCCUACACUAUUGAACAAUAGACUAGAUUUAAAUUGUUCAAUUAGUAUUGAGGAUAAUUUUAAUAUUUUAUAUUCUAUUUCUAUAUUUUUUAAUUUUAAUAAUUGAUUACCUAUAGUUAUAUAGUAAACAUAUAUAAAUGUAAAAACAAACGUUUUAAAACAUAAAUUGUUGUACUUCUCCGUCUGAAUAAAAUAGUUAAAAAUAAUGGACCCAAUUAUUUGCUUAAAUAGAUUGUGUUAUAAAAUUAAUUUAACUUCUUUUCAUUUUUAAUGACUAAUUGAGUAUUGGUUUAGAAAAAAAUAAAAUAAUUUAAUAUACCUACAUUUGUGUUAUUUAGAUGCCUUUAAAUUUUCUAUUUAAUAAUAUCUGCAGUUUUGCAUAGUCAGCUAGAUGUGUAAUUUAGUUUAAAUUAAUAAAAAAUUUUUCUAUUUGUCAAUUUUUAAAGUAUUUUUCAUUCAUAAUAAACAUUUUAAUUACGUAGGUAAAUAGAAAUAUUUUAAAAUUAAACAUUUUUAUAAUUUAUUUUCUUGUAUUGAACAUUAUUGAUCAACAAUAAUUAUUCACAUUUUAUUACUGCAUUUUUGUUGUUUUGUUGAAGGCGGAGAAGUAUUAAAUGAAACUAAUUAGUUAAAAGUUUAUACAUUUUAAUGUUUACAUGACAAUUCUGGAUCUAAUCUGUAUAAGUAAUAAUAUAUAGUGCUCAUAUAUAUUAUUAUAUAAUAAUUGUGAUAGCUUUUCAGUCAUUAUCUGAAAUUAAAAGUUUAAACAUUACAUUUUCAUGUUUAAUAAUGGCUAUAAAAUAAAUUUUACUAUGAAAUAUGUAUAUUAACAUAGAUUAAAUGUACUAGUAUGUAUUUUAAUCUAUAUAUUCGUAUGCAAUCAAAAGGUUAUAUUUUGUCUUGUAACAAAAUUCAAGUAAGGUUUUUCUAGAGUUUUUCAUAUUCAAAAAUACACGAUUGACCUGUUAUUAGAAAUAUUAUAUAUUUUACAUUAAAUUGUGGCCAUAUACAAUUAUUUUAUUUAUUUUAUCGGUCUUUUUUUUUUUAAAACCUAAUGUUUUAAAAUCAAAAUUAAUCAUUUUAUUACUAUUAUAAUUUAAGGAAAGCUAUUUUAAAAUUUAAUAUUAUAUUUCUAAACUUUCAAACACACUUUUUUUCCCAAUUAUACACAAUUUUUUUAUAUUUUCUUUAAUUUUUAAUCGCUUUAGUUAAAAAACUAAGAUGCAUAAAAUAAAAAUAUAUUUACUAUUAAGAUUAAUUAUACACAUUUAUAUAGUAGUAUAUACAUACUAAUAUAGGGCGUGGCAUUUUAUGUUUACCUUGCUAUUUUUUAGUGGACAUGUCCAUUAAGUAAAGCUAAGUCUUCCUUCUUAUCGCUUUAGUUUCAAUAUUAAUUUUACCUUUUCCUUAUUGCACGUUGAACUCAAUUUAAUUUUCAUGGUUUUUAUAAUAUUAUGUUUAAAUUAACAUUAUUUCUUAAGUAAAUUAAUUUUAAGUUUAAAAUAUUACAUGACUUAAUUAUAUUCAAUGUAAGAAAAAAAACCAUAUUUAAAAAAAAAUCAUUUUACUAUUUAAUUAUUAUGCUUUUCUAACAAAUCAGUGUUUUAACUUUCCAGAAAACAUAAAUUAAUUUCAAGAUUGUAAUAAAAAAAAUAUUGUAGUUUACUAUAUUUUAGUAUAGAUGUAAUCAUUAAAUGUUCAAUUAAAAAUUAUAUAUUAUUAAUUGUAUAGUUAUUAGCUGUUAAUAAUUAUAUUAUAUUAUUGUGUAGAAUCUUGCAGGGGUAGGUAUCAUUUGUGAAAUACAAGGAGGUGUACAUUUUGCAUUACACAGUUUCUUGAGUUGCUUUAUGCAUUUAAAUUUCAAUAAUUAUUGAAAACAUUUAUUUUAUAAGACUAUGGUAUUGAUUAAUUUUUUGUGUAUUUUAGCGAACUGUGGACAGUAUAAUGUAAAAUGACACCUCUGGUAGAAAGAAUUUAAAUUAAUAUUAGAACAAUUUAAUAGAUCUGUAUUAUUAAAAUUUUAAAUCAACACAAUUGUUUUAAAAAAAUAUAGUUCAUCCAACUAUUUAAAUAGGUAGAUGUAUAUUGUGUUUUGAUGUCCUGUCAGUCAAAAUCAAUAAAAUUUAAGCUAAAUAUUAUUUAUAAUUCAAUCCAUGAAUCUUAGCCCUGUGUAUACAUCUAGACCAAACAGAUUAUAUAUUGUAUUGCAUUUGUUGAUGCAUUUCUUGGAAAAAUUUAACUUUUGUAACACCAAUAUUAUUAUUAUAUAGUUUUGAAUAUUAUUGUCGUUUUUCGAUAAUUUAUACUAUUGUAAUUUUUUAUUUGUUAUUUUAUUUUGUGCUAUAGCGUAUAUAAUAAUCGCGUUGAUAUGAUGUAACUAUUUAAGGCAUAAAUUAUUCGUUUCAGGUAACUAUGUAUAGCGAUGAAUUACUAUAAUAUUGUUGUUAACAAAAAUCCGUCCUAAAUCUCGUUUCGUCGUCAAAAAUCCGCCUAAUUGCUGCGACGCACGUUUUAUUAACAUUUUUAUUACACGCACAUGACUUUACGACGAGACUAUAUUAUUAUACCAUGACAUUAUGCAAAAAUUAUUUUGAAUUACUUCCAUAUUUAAAUCACAAUCUAUUACACUGUUCAAAUAAUUAGUCACUAGCUUAUUAGGCUCGUAACACGAAAUUUUCGUAUUUUUUCAUUUUGUCCUCGUAUUUCUGCGCACCUCGAUUUAUUUUCUUCACGUUAUUUUAAUAUUCUGAUCUAACUUAUGGAUUUUUCUCCUUCCUCGGUUUUUUCGACUAUUCGCGACCGCCACGGUCCUAAAUCUCCAUCCCGACACGGUCUUCCUCAUCAUCUACGAGUACCUAGUAGGUUCUCGUACUCGAUACCCUCUAUACUCUUAUUAAUAUCAUAUAUCCGUUUCGGUCUUCCUAUUCGUUCCAUGUUCAUUCGUAAAACCACCUUAAUACACAACAUAUCCUAACUUUGACUCCUCUCUUCUUCAAUUCGCCACUGAGUACUGCCAUUCUAAACACACAGUUCGAACCCCUACCCAUCAUCUCAUUGACGACGAUGGCUAUUUACUACAUAACAUAUAAAAAAAAGUCGGGUUAUUCGAACUUUACGGUUUUCAUUAAUUGCCUAUGCGUCCAAAUCUGAUUAGGUAACUGCCGCGGUAGGUAUUGCUAUUCAAUUUGACGUGCGUCAAAUUUACAGCGAUACCUAUAGUUAAAAAAAAAAACCACCUCUCCCCAUUAUACUGUACCUAAAUACCUAAUACCGAUAAUACCCAAGUCUAUAAUUGAACUUAGAUAGAUCUCAGAUUGUUAGUUUUGUACACGUACCUAUAAUAUAUUUUGUUGUUGGUUUGUUAUUGUACGUAAAAUAAUAUCUUGUGUUAAUAUUAUUGAUACAUGUUUUGUUUGUAAUACGAUAGUAUCUAUGUUUCGUACAAUUAUAUUAAUAUGUUUUGUUUUUUAUAGAUUUUAAUAGAUGUACCUACAUAACC